CAGCCAAUCCGGCGCCUCCUGGUGUGCAAAGAGUUCCUCUUGAAACCGAUUGUUUGGAGUUGGUCCGAUUGUGGAAGCUGGAGGAGGGGCAGCGAUCGUUCAUCAUGCCAUUGCUGCAAGAGGUGAAGGAAAUUAGUUGCUCUUUUCAGGAUUUUUCUAUUUCUCAUGUUAGUAGAGAUUGUAAUAAGGUAGCACAUGAAGUUGCCAGGCAGGUCUCUAGUACGGUGAGGUUUGGGGUGUGGCAUCGUGAAAUCCCAACCUGCGUACAAGAGCUGCUUGAGCAGGAUUGUAAUCAUCUUCGCUGAUUAAUGAAGCUACCUUCCCUCAAAAAAAAAAAAAAUCCGGCGCCUCCUCUUCCGCCACUCCGUCGAGCACCCCGCGCGCGCUCCCGCUGCUGCCUGCUAUGCUCCUCCGCCCGCGCCCCUCCCUCCUCCGAGCCCUCGCUCCGCCGCCGCUUACCCACGCCUGCGUCCCUGCCCGGCGUACGCUCUCGGCGGCCGCAGAGGCCGCGGGGACCGCCUCCGCUGGCGAUGCGGCGCCGGCGCCGGCUGCACCGCGCAAGAAUACCAGGAAGGUCCCGCAGCCGCCAAGGGAGAUUGUGAAGACGGCGCUGUUCCUGCCGCCCGGGGUGGAGCGGGACGCGGCGGUGACCGCGGACAUGGUCAUACCGGGGUCGAACAUCGUGUUGGGGCCCUACGCGGGGGACGCCAGGGUGAAGGAAGCCGAGUUCGUCAAGAGCAGCGCCCGCGCCCGGGACUGCCCCAAGGACGACCGCCCCGAGUUCGCCGUCCUCGGCCGGUCCAACGUCGGCAAGUCCUCGCUUAUCAAUGCCCUCACCCGUCGCAAGGAAGCUGCGCUGACCUCGAAGAAGCCCGGGAAGACCCAGACAAUUAAUCACUUUUUGGUUAACAAGAGUUGGUACCUUGUCGAUUUGCCUGGUUAUGGGUUUGCAGCUGCGUCCCAAUCAGCUCGAAUGGACUGGUCUUCAUUUACCAAGGGGUACUUCUUGAACAGAGAAACCUUGGUUGGUGUACUGCUCCUUAUCGAUGCCAGUAUCCCACCACAGAAAAUUGAUCUUGACUGUGCUAAUUGGCUUGGCCGUAACAAUAUCGGAUUAACCUUUGUGUUCACCAAGUGCGACAAGGUAAAGAAAGGCAAAGGGGGGCGGCCUGAUGAGAACAUCAAGGUGUUCCAGGAAACAAUCAGCGGGCUGUAUCCAGAUCCACCACCAUGGAUCAUGACGAGCAGCGUUACCGGAUUAGGCCGCGAUGGGCUGCUCCUCCACAUGUCGCAACUAAGGAACUACUGGGACAACGAAGCAGUCUAGGUAGAGCUGCAUAGAUCAACCACCAGUAGUAGCAACAGUAGUAGUAUGUUAGAAGAGAGGAUCAUCACAUGCCAUGACCUUCCGCAGAUAGAUUUCAGCUUCUUCAGAUGUAUAGCGAGAAUGCAGCCUCUUCUGAUUUCUGUUUCAUCAAUCCAUCCUGUGUAAGUGAAGCCCUUACCUUAUGGUUCCUGCAUGUACUACCACCAUAAAUGUCCGAUCUGGAAUUACACAUUUAUGGAGGCACUCGAGAGAAUUCAAUACACUGUGCACAUUCAAUGAGCCCCGAA